CGGCUCCUGCAGCCAUGUUGGAACUUUUCCUGGAACUUUAGAGCAGCAGCUGUUCGUGUGUCCACCUCAGGACGCAGAAAAGUUUGAUCCCAGUCGAAUUUAGCGCCACGAUGAACGCAGCAGCAGCCGUCCGGAUUAUUGGCGCAGCGCAGAGGAGAUGCGCACAGAGCUGGAGGAGACCUGCGCUGCUGCUGCCGCCGGUGGUCUCCUCUUCCGCAGUCCAGUGCUGUCUCCAGUCCACGCAGCCCGUCCCUGCCCGCCGGCUGCCCUACAGGGUGAAGGUGUCGGCUGGGAAGCGCUACGCCUGGUGCGCCUGUGGUCACAGCAAGAAGCAGCCUUUCUGCGACGGCGCUCACCGGACAGUUGCUCCCAGCAUCUCUCCUCUUCGCUUCACCCCUGAAAAAGACCAGGCGCUGCUGCUGUGCGCCUGCAAACAAACCAAAAACGCUCCGUACUGCGACGGGUCACAUUUGAAAGUCAUCUUCCGGGACGCAGUGAAGUCGGUGAAAGGCCUUUUUAAAUGAAGCCGAUUUCAGCCCUGCGAGGCCAAAACACAGCAAAACGACCUCAAAGCAACAGAGUCAUGUUGUUCUACAGUGUGUGUGGCUAAAAAUCAUUAUUUUUGAUAUUAAAUAAAAAUUAUUUCCUGCUGCUUGUCAAUGCUGGGUGGAUCAGAUGUUUUUUUUGAGAAGAUUGCACUGUUUUUAAAUCAUGUUUACACAUUUAUACACAUGCAUAAUGGCUGAAGCUGCAGCAGCAUCCUGAUGCUAACAGCAGCUUCUGACUGGUCCCAGUGAAGAAACACUCCGGAAAAAUUAAGAGCACGUCCGUCCUAACUUCAGGUCCGUGGAUUUCUGAUAAAUCAUAGUUAAUAGUGUAGCUGCUAAAUCUGAGCAUUCAAGGACGUCCUGCAGAGUUCUUUUAAAAGCACAUUUUAACGGUGUUGAUGGUGGAUCUCUGCAGAAUUAUUCAUCAAACCAAAUCUGAACCCAGUUUAUUUUUCAUUUCAUUCAGUAAUUGGGCAUUUCAUGAUCAUCAACCACAAGAAAUCGAUAAAUUUCGGGGCUUUGCUGCAUGACUCAGUGAAUUCAGUGUCAAACUCUGCUGGAGUCUGAUUAUUAUUUUUAUAAACUAUAAAAUAUGUUGCAUGUUCGUAUAUAUGUUGGUGUUACAUUAUGAGUGUUUGCUUUGUGUCAUGUACUGUAUGAAACCUCAGAAUAAAAUAUAAAACAAUU